GCCACACGCAAAUGGUCAUUGCGGCAGAACGAGAAUUAGAAUGAGAGUGAGAGUUGCAGAAGCUUAAAGAAAUUCAUUGAAUCAUUUCGGAUCAUUACUGAUUUUUCUGACAUGGGCUUGGAGGAAAGGCCUAUUGAGCUACCCAAUGAAAAAGACAAAACUCACCCAACAGGAACUAUAUGUGUGCAUGCCUUUUCUGAUCUAACCUACAUUUCUCCGGUGGUAUUCUUAUAUCUCCUGAAAGAAUGUUAUAUUCAUGGCACAUGUAAGGCAACUAUGAAGUUUCGAGCUCUUCAACAACAAGUUUAUCAAGUGCUACAUAAUGAUCCCCAACCUGGCCCAGCUACAUUUGUUAUUCAGUGUCUAUAUGCCUUGCCCAUAUUUGGAUUACAUUGUGAAGGCUUCAGUCAUUUAAUUGUAUCUGCUCUACGCCGUUACCUAAAAUUAGGAACCGAUCCAGCAGACUCCUUGGAAGCAAAGGACCUAGCUACUAAGUUAUUUCUUGAUAUUGUGCGGGGCUUUGUGAACCAUGAUGAGAGGAUUGUUGUGAAGAUACUUGAAGUUUUUGAUAUCAAAUUGAAUAAUAUUGAGAAAGCCAUGUACCAAGUAAAGGAAAGGAAUGAGUGUGGUUGUGAUGCAGCCAAGUCAUUUCUUGAGCAAUACAUUUUUCAACUGAUAGAAUCUCAGUCAUACAUGACAGCAGUCUCUCUGUUAGAGCAAUUUUCCAUUCGCCAAUCCAGACAGUCUUUUCUCCUCAGUAUGAUACAGAACAAACAAUUUGAAGCAGCAGACAAGUGGGCAACAUUUAUGGGAAAGCAAAUGUUAUGUGUACUUGUUCAGGAGUACGUUGACAGGAGCAUGUUAAAGCAUGCGAAUGAUAUCAUAAAGAAAAACAAUCUGCGGCAGGAAUUUCCCGAUGUAUAUCAUAAGAGCAAAGAAAGCUCACUAAAGAAGCUGGCAGAAAAAGGAUGUUGGGAAGUUGCAGAGGCAAAGACAAACAGGGAUAGACAACUUCUUGAAUACUUGGUUAAUUUGGCAAUGGAAGCUGGUUACUCUGAGAAGGUCGAUGAGCUGUGUGAUCGAUACUCCCUUGAAGGUUUUCCGCAUGUCAAAGGUAUACUAUUGCCCGACACAAGUCAUCUGCAUAAUCGCUAUCUUUGUCUUAACGAAUUGGCGGUUGAAGACAUAAAUUGGGUUGAUGAAGUUGAUGGUUUGCGAAAUGCGACAUGCCAUUUUGAGGGAUGUAAAGUUGUGGGUGUUGAUUGUGAAUGGAAGCCCAAUUAUGAAAAAGGCAGCAAACCAAAUAAGGUUUCGAUCAUGCAGAUUGCUUCCGAAAAGAUGGUUUUCAUCUUUGAUCUGAUAAAGUUAUUCGAAGAUGUGCCUCACAUUUUAGAUAUCUGUAUGACCCGCAUUUUGCAGUCUCCAAGAAUUCUAAAACUCGGCUAUAACUUUCAAUGCGAUAUGAAGCAGCUGGCUCAUUCGUAUGGAGAGUUGGAGUGUUUCAGGCAGUAUGAAAUGUUACUGGACAUUCAGAAUGUGUUUAAAGAACGUCGAGGUGGUCUGUCUGGGCUUGCAAAGAAAAUAUUGGGGGCUGGCUUGAACAAGACAAGGCGGAAUAGCAACUGGGAACAACGACCUUUGACUCAGAAUCAGCUAGAAUAUGCUGCUCUGGAUGCUUCUGUACUUGUUCGCAUCUUCCUCCAUGUAUGCAGUCAUUCUCAGCCUGCUACUGUCUCUGGGGGGCAUGAUAAAAUUGAUUGGAAAUCCCACAUUGUUUCCCAUAUGGAUAAUAACAUCAAGAAAUCCAAGAAGGAAAUUAGAAGUAAAAAGCAGUUGAAAGCAGCUCUGAUUAAAGAGCAUUGUCAAUCGAGUUAGUGCAGACUUUCAUUCCCAUAGCAUUAGACUAUAAAUUUGUAAAUAUUUUUAUGUGGUUGAAGAAGACAUUGCUGGUUAAAGCUGUUUCAUUACAUAUCUACAUGUUUAUUAUGAGUGAAAUAUUGCUUCUUCUUUUUUUAA